UGUGACAUUUAUUAUCAUUAAAAUUUUUAUACUCUUAGUUUACACAAUGUCUUUUCGAGAACUAAGAAAUUUCACUGAAAUGAUGCGUGUCUUGGGCUACCCAAGACUGAUAUCUUUGUCUAAUUUUCGACAUCCCAAUUUUCCUUUGAUAGCUGAAAUACUUAUAUGGCUUGUAAAAAGAUUUGAUAGUGAUGCCAAUAUACCAAGUGAUCAUAGUACAGAGCAAGAACGCGUAGCUCUGAUUAGACGGGUUACUGAGUUUAUGAUAAAAACAGUGAAUAUAAGACUGAAUACAAAAAAAUUGUACAUGGCUGACAGCCAAGCGGUUCCAGAAUUGUUGAAGAUGACCACAUUGUUGUACGAGGCUCAAUCACAGAGCACAGAUGAUCUAUUGUUAUCAGAAAAUCGACCACCCGUUAACUUUGAUAUUCCUGAAAGAAUCAACGAUCUAAAAGCUACAAGACAGUUGGCUAGCCAAUUGACAAUCAAUGGUGCAUCUCUGUACGAUUUGCUAGGAAAAGAAGACGAAUUGCGAGAAAUUCGAAAUUCCAGAGUUUCUCAUCAGUAUGACUCUUCAGAAAUCGAAGGAGCCGUAAAAGAGGUCAUCGAAAAUACGAAAAAAGAAAUAGAAGAGAUGAAGCAUUUAAUUGAAAAUGUGAAGGACACGGAGCAAAAUUUAGACACUCGCAUCGAGCGACGGAAAACCGAACUCGAGCGCAAUCAGAAGCGGCUCCAAGCGCUACGCAAAGUCAGGCCGGCCUUCAUGGAAGAAUUCGAGAAGCACGAGGUCGAGCUCAAAUCUUUGUACGACGAUUAUCUGCAAAAAUUCCGUUACCUGGCGUACCUGGAGCAUCUGUACGACGACGCGGCCAAGGCGGAGCAAGAGAGAUUCGAACGAAAGCAAGCAGCGACGAAGAAACAACUCGAGCAAUUGAGGGUAGACGACGCGAACGUCGAUCUUAUGGAGGGCAACGAAUCCAUGUUCAACACCAAGAUCCCGAGCAGCUUGAAUCUUGCCGAGGGUGAAAAGAAUCCCGCGGAGAACAACAGUAAAGACACCAAAAAAUCGGCCAGAAUAAAUCUGAGCCAGCGACGACUGUACGGCAGCAUGUCCGGGCGUCAUCCGGGCAAGCUCAAGGAGGCGAACGGCAGCGUCGGCUCGUCGGACUCGGACAGCGAUCUGCUGAUCGACAACAUCGACGACGACGACGACGAGGACGAUCUGCUGAAUUCCGUCGAUCCCAACGUCAACGACUUCAACGUCAAGUCCAACAGCGACGAGAAGAGAGCCGUGAGCAAGGUCGACCACACGGAUGACGAGUUUUAGAAGGGAUAUAAAUUAAUUCAGGCGAGAGUAACGAUAAAAAU